CGGGCGCCGCUGGGUGAGUCCCUCUCUCCGCCGCCUCUGCCUGCACCGCUUCGCUCUCCCGAAGAAAAGAAGAGAAGGACUGGGUCCAGGGAAGGAGGAGGGCCCCCACUGCUACAACCACCGCUACCGCCGCCAUUAUCGGGAAAAGCUGGCUCAAAUCUCACUUUCACGCAGGCGAUCUCGCUCGGACACUUGAACGCAACGGUGGAUGUUUUGCAGCGAGACGAUUGCAACAAAGUGGCCCGUUUUGUGUGAGGCGUGUGCGGCCGGCCCAGCUUUAAAUGUGCACAACAAUGGACACAAUAAUGAGUGAAAAGCCAGCAACGUGGUGAAGCGAAGAAGAGGACGGCUUUCAGGCUUUUUUGUUGUUGUUUUGCACACCGGGGAUUUAUUUUGAAAAGUGGAUUGUUUUUGUCUUUUUGGGGAUAUUUAUUGCCUUUACAGUGUUUUUCAGUUGCAUCGGUGCAAAAAAAAAAACCCAACAAAAAACAUCAACAACAAAAACAAGCGAUGCCGAAGAGGAGAUGGUAAGCAAUGGACUUGCAUAGCGGAUGAAUAAAAGAACCUUCACCACAUAUUCCACCACUGUUUAAAUUAAAAGUAGAGAAGAAAUUGAAAUUUGAGCCCUUCAGCAACUUUAUGGGCAAACAUUUAAGCAAAACUUUUACACAGUGGCUAUUUAUGGCAAAAUGAUCGUCAGUCAAUUAUGAUGGCGAAAAAGCAAGAUGUCCGACCCCCCAUUUACAACCUUAUUGUGGUGGGUUUAUCGGGUACGGAGAAAGAGAAAGGACAAUGUGGGGUAGGAAAGUCCUGCCUUUGUAAUAGGUACGUACGGCCCAGCGCAGAUGACUUCUACCUGGACCACACGUCAGUGUUGAGCACCAGUGACUUUGGGGGUCGAGUGGUUAAUAAUGAUCACUUUCUCUUUUGGGGGGAAGUCUCACGCCUCCUGGAGGAAGGGCCUGAGUGUAGAAUGCAUGUUGUGGAGCAAACGGAAUUCAUUGAUGACCAAACAUUUCAGCCCCAUCGUAGCACCGCUAUGCAGCCCUACAUCAAACGGGCGGCCGCCACCAAGCUGGCAUCAGCAGAGAAGCUCAUGUACUUCUGUACAGAUCAAUUGGGUCUCGAGCAGGACUUUGAGCAAAAGCAAAUGCCUGAAGGUAAACUGCAGGUUGACGGUUUCCUGCUGUGUGUCGACGUUAGCCGGGGCAUGAACCGCAACUUUGAUGACCAGCUGAAGUUUGUCACAAACCUCUAUGGUCAGCUUAGCAAGACUAAGAAACCCAUAGUGUUAGUCCUCACCAAGUGUGAUGAAGGAGUUGAGCGCUAUAUCAAAGAUGCACAUACCUUUGCUAUCACUAAAAAGAGUCUACCAGUAGUUGAGACAUCUGCUCGUUCAAACAUAAACGUAGACCUGGCCUACCUCACAUUGGUUCAGCUGAUUGAUAAAAGUAGAGGCAAGCCCAAGAUCAUCCCUUAUUUUGAAGCACUAAAGCUCCAGAGUCAGCAGAUCGCUUCUGCCAAGGAUCGUUAUGAAUGGUUAAUCAACCGGAUAGUGAAGAAUCAUAACGAAACCUGGCUUAACACCAGUCUACGCAUGAAUACCUCUCCGGAAUACAAGGAAUAUGUCUUCUUGGAGGGGACGGCUAAAUGCAAGAAGCUUUUUCAACAGCAUGUUUAUCGUCUAAAGCAGGAGCACAUUGAGAGGCGUCGUAAAAUAUAUCUAAGCACUCUCCCUCUUGCACUCAGCUCUUUGGUGCCUGAUCUCGAUGAAAUAGACCAGCUGAGCUGGUCUGGCGUACAGAAGGUGCUUGAGUCUAAGCAGCACUUUGCCCACUGGUUUGUUGUUUUGGAGGACUCUCCUUGGGAAGACACAUCUCAUAUCGACAACAUGAAGGAUGAGCGGAUCCCAUCAGAUCUUCUGGAAACUGAUGAAGCAGAGGAAUUAUUUAAUGCCCACCUGGAGCAUUUGCGUAAUGAAAGCCGCCGUGCAGAGAUGAGGCUUGAGUUUAAACAGAAACUGUCCUCUUCUCCCUUUGUCACACCUGGUAGACCGUGGGAGGAGGCUCGUAGCUUCAUCAUGAAUGAAGAGUUCUACCAGUGGCUAGAGGAACCAGAGUACUUGGAGCUUUACAACCGCCAUCAGAAGGAGAUUAUUGAUCGCGCUAAAGAAGAUUUCCAGGAGCUCUUACUGGAGUACUCUGAGCUUUUUUAUGAACUUGAAGUGGAUGCCAAGCCAAGUAAGGAAAAGAUGGGGGCAAUUCAAGAAGUGUUAGGAGAGGAGCAGAGAUUUAAAGCGCUGCAAAAGCUCCCAGCUGAAAGAGAUGCCCUGGUAUUGAAGCAUAUCCAUUUUGUAUAUCACCCUACUAAAGAGACCUGUCCUAACAGUCCCCACUGUGGAGACUCAAAGAUCGAACAACUCCUUGCAUCACGAUUCCCUACAUGUUACCCAUUUUUUGAUGUGAAAGCUCAUUUCGGGGACACAAAGGCUGACAGAAUCAAUCUUGUCAUUCUGGGGAAGGAUGGGCUGGCCAGGGAAUUUGCCAACGAGAUUAGAGCUCUCUGCACAAAUGAUGACUGGUACAUCCUCGACGGGAAGAUGUAUGAGCUGACACUGCGGCCCAUUGAAGGAAAUGUACGCCUGCCUGUAAAUUCUUUCCACACCCCGACUUUCACCCCUCACGGAUGUCUGUGUCUGUAUAAUUCAAAAGAGUCCCUCUCCUACGUGAUUGAAAGCCUUGAGCGUCUUAGGGAAUCAACACUAGGUCGGAGAGACAGCCAGCUGGCACAGCUGCAGACAUCACUGCUCUUAGUCACUAAAAGAGGUGUAGGCUCAUAUGUGGACAUCGGAGGAGAAACUGCCUUAAAUUUAAUAACGCAGGGACAGCAGGUUGCAAGGAGGCUGCAGUGUAGCUUUCUAGAUCCUGCCUCUCCAGGUGUAGGUUAUGGGCAUAAUGUCAGUGAGUCACAAAUCAACCAAGUACUAAGGGGGCUUCUGGAUAUUCGGAGGAGCACAUCGUUCAAUAGCAGCUCCCCACCUCACCUCCCUGAGCCCCCAGGUCUGAGAGACUCUCCCCAUCAGCCGGUUCCAGAGGCAGAUCUUCGCAUUGUCAUGUGUUUGAUGUGUGGUGACUCCUACGACAUUGAGCAGCUCUUAUUUCCCUUUCUGAUGCAUCAGCACUGCAGGCCCAUGUCAAACAGCGGCACCUCUGUGUUGGUCGAGCAGACUAUUGCAGGACAUAAGCUGGCUAUAGAGCUCUCUCUUCUCUCAUACCACGCCUCCUUUACUUUACGGAAGAGUAGACUGGUACACGGUUACAUGGCAGUAUAUUCUGUGUCCCGAAAGGCCUCCCUGGAGACCCUGUGUGCAUUCUUGUGUGAGGUUCAGGACAUCAUCCCAGUCCAGCUGUUGGCAGUGGGAGAUAGCCAGGCCGAGCUUGCUGAAAGCGACUACGCCCGUGAACAGCAGAUUCAAGGAGAGGAACUUGCCCAUGAGAUCGAAGGGCGUUUCAAUAGUGUGGUCUGUGGAUCUGGUGGUGUUGUGGGAGGCCUGCACAGAAUAGAAAUGUUCCACCCGUUUCUCAUGGAGGUAGUGGAGAAGCGAAACAUUGUGGAAGCCACGCACAUGUACGAUAAUGUUGCUGAAGCGUGCACCAAUGAAAACAUGUACUCCCCACGUUGUAAUUCUCCCAGCCCUGUCACCAUGUUCCUGGAUUCAGAGGAUGAUGUUGAGCCAUCGCCACCGUACUAUGAUGGCACUCUCACAUCUCAUAGUGUGGGCUUCAACCUGCCUGACUUGGACUCCAGUGACAUCUCUCUUAUCUCUGAUAUUAGAGACUUUGAGAGCAAACUCAACAACAAAGUGCAACCCCACGUGAGAGUUAAACCUGGCGUAACUUUCGACUUUCGAAAAGUCAGCCGAAACCCGUACAUCGACACACUUGGCCACCGUCGAUCCCUGCCAUCUGCUGUCACCUGGGUUCCUGGAGGCGACGUAGGCUACGAUCCCUCAGACUACGCCGAACCAAUAGACGCUGUCUCCAAACCCCGCCCCAGCAACGAAGAGAUCAUCUACUCCGUGCCACACGACAGCACGCAAGGAAAGAUCAUAACUAUACGUAACUCCAACAGGAGGCACUCUAAUGGCAAUGGAUCUGACAGCGAAGCAGACAGCAGCUCUCUAGAGCGCAGGAGGAAAUUUUCAGCGGCUGCCGUGAAGCCUCGACUCUAUCGCGACCGAUCUAAGAGGCUUGGCAAGUUCAGCAGCUUCCGCACGAGCUUCAUUGGCAGCGACGACGAGAUGGGAGCGCUUCCAAAGUCAAAGGAAGAUGACUUCGGGACGCUGAAAGGUGAAAGUCUGGUGAAUGAGGAGAACGAGGACCCCAAAAAGAGGAAUAUUCUGAAGAGUCUGCGACGAACAGCCAAGAAAACAAGAGCAAAGCCACGUCCAGCUAUCCCCAAGCCUGUGGAGAGUAUUUAUUUUGGGGUCCCCUUAGUCAACGUGGUGUCCCCAGACAGACCUAUUCCACUUUUCAUUGAGAAGUGUGUUCGUUUUAUCGAGACCACAGGUCUGAACACAGAAGGGUUGUACCGUGUUAGUGGGAACAAGUCCGAGAUGGAAAGCAUGCAGAGGCAGUUUGAACAGGACCAUGGAUUAGACCUAGUGGAGAAAGACUUCUCCAUAAACACUGUGGCUGGAGCCCUUAAGAGCUUCUUCUCCGAGCUGCCUGAGCCCCUGGUGCCUUGUGCUCUGCAGGUGGACCUACUGGAUGCUUUCAAAAUCAAUGACAGAGAACAGAGGCUGUACACAAUGAAGGAUGUCCUGAGGAGGUUCCCCCGGGAGAAUUACGAUGCCUUCAAAUAUGUUGUGAGCCACUUACACAAGGUGAGCCAGCUGAACAGGCUUAACCUGAUGACCAGCGAGAACUUGUCCAUCUGCUUCUGGCCCACCCUCAUGCGACCAGAUUUCACCACCAUGGACGCCCUGACUGCCACGCGUACCUACCAGACAAUCAUCGAGACCUUCAUCCACCAGUGUGCAUUCUUCUUCUACAACCAGCCCCUCAUCGACUCCCCCACGGGCCUCGGGGGGCUCCCCGCCUCGCCCACCACCACGCUGGGAGGCACCUCGGCCUACUCCUGUUACCGCUCUUCGCCGCCGCACAUGGGCGCACACUUCAGCCCCCUACAGCAGCAGUCGCCGCCCACCACCCCGCAGUCGCCCCUGCAGUCCCUGCUGCCUCCUUUGCACCAGCAUGCUCACCCCCACCACUCCCCCACUGAGCAGGAGACACUGUGAGACCACAAAGCCGCGUGUGCCCAGGAUGACGCCGGACCUCAACGCAAACACGAGCACUUGCACACCAUUUUACGACGGCAAGAGGAGGGGCCUGCUAGUGUUGCCUGAACAGCUGUAAGCUGGAAGACCACCAUGUUUGUAUCUGUUAUUCCUUUUUCUUCAUGGAAGUACUGCCACUGGAUUUGUCCACUGCAAAUUGCGCCCUCUAAUGGAGGCCUUGGGGAUUUAUUUCAAUGGGGUGGGGCUCACACAUCCAGGGAUGCACUUUAAUGUUUUUUUUUAUUUUGGCAUACUGUGUUUUUAAUUUUCUCAGCCAUACCCAUUGCCUCUUCAGAACAGAGCUCUGGCAGAUCAAACUUUGUUUACAUACUUUUUUUUUGUAUCCACAAAAUUAUCUGAAGCACUUUUUGAUAGUGUAGCAUUACAUUUUUUGAAUCGUCCAUAUUUAGUGGUUGAGUGUGUGUGGCGUUUAGUGCAAACAGGAUUCCCCUUAUGUAAAAACUUUCAUUGAUUCCGUCAGAGUUUUAGACCUGUUUCUCCUUUCUAGCCGUUGGUUGAUCCCAUUCGGAUGUUUCAGGUUUAAUUAUGGCAGCCCUAUUUGGCAGAUCUGAUAUGCUUGAAGGUGUAAAAUUCCCAUCCAAUCCCAAUGUGUGGUGUCCACACUCUUAAACCAUAUGCUAGAAAUGAUGCGUGGACAGCGCCACCACAUGUUUACGUACUUUAGCAUAUUGUUCAUUAUUACUGAAGAGCUGAAUGUGUUAAACUUUCCCAAGUGUGUCAAUCACUGGAUCUAAUUUUUUCUUUUCAAGGAAUCACAAUGCUUUAACUAAAAGCUGUAAAGUACACACAACAAUCUGUCAUGAAAAUAUACUGCAUCAUCUUACCUGCAUCAUCUCUAAACACGCCACCUUGAGCAAGGAGUGUGUACUGCUUGUUCAUUUGUACGCUGUGGAAUGAACGACACGCAUCAAGUUAGUGGUAGGAAACAUUUCUAGUGUGUAUUUUCAAGGAUUGAAAGUCCAUUUUUACCAUUUUUUGUGAAUGGUUCAAGGCCACUUAGUGCAUGAUUUAAAAAAAAAAAAAAGACACCACAGGAGGGCGGAAUGAAAAGCCUCUUCCAGUUUUGAAAAUAUGAAAUUAGUCCAAGUAUGGAACUUAAAAAAAAAAUAAAAAAAAAUACAAAUAGCUUAUAACGUACUGCGCACCAAGAGGAAACCGUGGAAUUGGUCUGACAAAUAAAUCAUGUUUAAAGAUGAAGGCCUUAUGUGAACUGUAUGAUAGUUAAUAAAUUAAAUCUUGUAAAAUUGU